AUGCUUUCCACACAAGUGCUGAGUCUGCUUGCCGCAGUCGGUUUCUCAACCGCAGUCGACGCACUGGCGAUCCGACAAACAACCGCAGCCUGGCAGACUCUGCCGGCGACUCCAGCCCUGCCCACGCCCAUCAACACAACCCUGAGCUCCAUCAACGGCGCCGACCUAUGGUUGCAAAAGUACAACGAGGCGGCUGGCGGCACCCCGAUUGUCUUUGACCACGGCGGUCUCGGGUACAGCGCAUACUUCGGCGACGUGAUCAAGCAGCUUGUGGCCAACGGCAAAUACGUCGUGGCUGUGGACCGCCGAGGUCAUGGGCGCAGCACGUACGGCGCCAACGAUGUCUUCACCUUCGACAUGUUCGCCAACGAUAUCUUCGCGCAGCUGAAUGAGCAGGGCAUCACGUCGUACAACGUGGUCGGAUGGUCCGAUGGUGCAGCCACGACACUAGCCAUGCUGCAGAACACGACCAUCGCGGCAGGGAUUCAGAAGGCGUUCGUGUUCGCGGGUUUCAUGGUGCCCGAGGACACCAACACGACAUUCACGGACACGGCCAUCUAUACUGAGUUCGUGACGCGGUGCGCCACCGAGUACGCGACGAACCAGCCGAACGCAAACUUCACCGACUUCGCGACGAAGGUCGGCACACUCGAGGCCACGCUGCCGCAGUUCACGACCGCGGGGCUGGGCGCCAUCGACGGCAAGAAGGUGGCCAUCGUCUCCGCCGACCACGACGAGGCCGUCAACCUUGACGUGCCCGCCAAGCUCUCCGCUGCCAUUCCCGGCAGCACGUCCGUGGUGCUCACAGACGUGAGCCACUUUGCGCCUGUGCAGGACCCUGACCAGUUCACCAAGGCGGUGGAGGCCUUCUUCGCUUAG